AGAAAUCCAACUGAUGUUGAAUUAUUCAUGUUUGCUCAAGUUAAUUCAGAACACUGUCGUCAUAAAAUCUUCAAUGCUGAUUGGACUAUAGAUGGUUUGAAGAAAGACUUAUCUUUAUUUAAAAUGAUUAGAAACACUCAUGCUAAAAACCCUCAAUAUACCAUUUCUGCUUAUUCUGAUAAUGCUGCUGUAUUCGAAGGUCCUCAAGGUUAUGUUUGGACUCCUGAUUUCCAAACUAAAGAGUGGAAAUCUAUCAAAGAAACUGUUCAUACUUUAGUGAAAGUUGAAACUCAUAAUCAUCCAACUGCAGUUUCUCCAUUUGCUGGUGCCGCUACUGGUUCUGGUGGGGAAAUUAGAGAUGAAGGUGCUGUUGGUAGAGGUUCUAAAUCAAAAGCUGGUUUAUCAGGUUUUUCUGUUUCUGAUUUAAAUAUUCCAAAUUCUCGUCAACCUUGGGAAAGAGAUAUUGGUAAGCCAAAUCAUAUUGCUUCUUCUUUAGAUAUUAUGUUAGAAGCUCCAAUUGGUUCUGCUGCUUUUAAUAAUGAAUUCGGUAGACCUGCCAUUAAUGGUUAUUUCAGAACUUUAACUACCGAAGUUGAAAAUCAUAAAGGUGAAACUGAAUUUAGAGGUUUUCAUAAACCAAUCAUGUUGGCUGGUGGUUUAGGUGCUAUUAGACCUGAUCUUGCCCUUAAAAACACCAAAAUCACUCCUGGUUCUAAAUUAAUUGUUUUAGGUGGUCAAUCUAUGUUAAUUGGUUUAGGUGGUGGUGCUGCAUCUUCGAUCUCUUCAGGUGAAGGUUCUGCAGAAUUAGAUUUUGCCUCAGUUCAAAGAGGUAAUCCAGAAAUUCAAAGAAGAGCUCAACAAGUUAUUGAUGCUUGUGUUUCAUUUGGUGCCGAAAAAAAUCCAAUUCAAUUCAUUCAUGAUGUUGGUGCUGGUGGUUUAUCUAAUGCAUUACCAGAAUUGGUUCAUGAUAACGAUUUGGGUGCUAAAUUUGAAUUAAGAUCUAUCUUAUCAUUAGAACCUGGUAUGUCUCCAAUGGAAAUCUGGUGUAAUGAAUCUCAAGAAAGAUAUGUUUUAGCAGUUACUAGUGAAAAUUUAGCCCUUUUUGAAGAAAUUUGUAAUAGAGAAAGAGCUCCAUUUGCUGUUGUUGGUGAAGCAACCGAAGAACAAAGAUUGGUUUUAACUGAUUCUUUAUUAAACUCCACUCCAAUUGAUUUAGAAAUGUCUGUUUUAUUCGGUAAACCACCAAAAAUGUCAAGAACCGCUUUAACUCAAGAAUUAAAAUUAAAACCAUUUGACAUUUCUCAAAUUCAAUUAAGUGAAUCUAUUGACAGAGUUCUUCAAUUGCCAGCUGUUGGAUCUAAGAAUUUCUUAAUUACUAUUGGUGACAGAUUUGUCACUGGUUUAGUUGAUCGUGAUCAAAUGGUUGGUCCAUGGCAAACUCCAGUUGCUGAUGUGGGUGUUACUGCCACUUCAUUAGGUGAAACUGUUUUAUCAACUGGUGAAGCAUUGUCAAUGGGAGAGAAACCAACUUUAGCCUUAAUUAGUGCAAGUGCAUCAGCUAAAAUGUCAGUUGCUGAAUCUUUAUUAAAUAUUUUUGCCGCUGAUAUUCCAUCAUUGGAUAGAGUUAAAUUAUCUGCUAAUUGGAUGUCUGCUGCAUCUCAUGAUGGUGAAGGAGCUAAGUUAUAUGAAGCUGUUCAAGCCAUUGGUUUAGAUUUAUGUCCGGAUUUAGGAGUUUCAAUUCCAGUUGGUAAAGAUUCUAUGUCGAUGAAAAUGAAAUGGGAUGAUAAAGAAGUAACUGCACCAUUAUCAUUAACCAUUACUGCAUUUGCUCCUGUUGAUAACACUUCAAAUACUUGGACUCCUCAAAUAGUUAGAAAAGAUGAUACUCAAUUAGUUUAUGUUGAUUUAGCCGCUGAUGUGAAGAAAUCAUUAGGAGGAUCAGCCUUAGCUCAAGUUUAUAAACAAGUUGGUAACCUGGCACCAACUGUUCAUUCUAAUAAAUUAUUAAAGAGUUUCUUAGAAUCAUUGGUUGUUUUACAUAAAAAACUUAAUGUUUUAGCUUAUCAUGAUGUUUCUGAAGGUGGGUUAUUAACCACUGUUUUAGAAAUGGCAUUUGCUGGUAGAGCUGGUGUCAAAUUAGAUUUGAAAGGAGAUGAUUUAUUAACUAGCUUAUUUAAUGAAGAAUUAGGAGCAGUUUUCCAAAUUAACUCUAGUGAUUUAGCUUCAUUUAAUGAAAUCUUGAAUACUAAUGGGGUUGAUUCUAAAUACAUUCAAGUUAUUGGUGAACCAAUAUUUGAUUCUGCACAAACCGUUUCUAUUAAUUAUAAUAAUGAAUCAGUUUAUGAAAAUACUCGUGAUGUUCUACAACAAUUAUGGGCCAAUACUUCCUACCAAAUUCAAAGAUUAAGAGAUAAUCCAAAAACCACUGAUGAAGAAUAUGAAGGUAUAAAAGAUAACAAGGAUCCUGGAUUGUCAUACCAAUUAACCUAUGCAGUUUCUGAUGAUUUAGGUAUUGAUACUAAAUCAAGUAACAAACCAAAAGUUGCAAUUUUAAGAGAACAAGGGGUCAAUUCUCAACAGGAAAUGGCUUGGUGUUUUAGCCAAGCAGGCUUUGAAGCUUAUGAUGUCCAUAUGUCUGAUAUUUUAAGUGGUAAAGUUAGUUUAGAUAAAUUUGUUGGUAUUGCAGCCUGUGGUGGAUUUUCAUAUGGUGAUGUUUUAGGAGCAGGAGCCGGAUGGGCAAAAUCUGUUUUAUUCAACGAAAGAGCCAGAAAUGAAUUUAUUAAAUUUUUCCAAGAAAGACAAGAUACUUUUGCAUUUGGUGCUUGUAAUGGUUGUCAAUUCUUAAGCAGAAUUUCUGAAUUAAUUCCUGGUACUGAAUCUUGGCCAUCAUUUGAAAGAAAUGUUAGUGAACAGUAUGAAGCUAGAUUUGUUAUGGUUGAAGUUGCCUCAACCCAAUCAAACAACUCUAUUUUCUUAGACGGUAUGAAAGGUUCUAAAUUACCAAUUGUUGUUGCUCAUGGUGAAGGUAGGGCAUCUUUCCAAGAUUCAAAUCUUGAUGACUUUAUUUCCAAAGGUCAAGAUGUUAUUAAAUACGUUGACAACUAUGGUGAUAUUGCCACUACUUAUCCAUAUUUACCAAAUGGUUCCACCAAUUCAAUUGCCGGUAUCUCUUCUGAAAAUGGCCGGGUCUUAGCUAUGAUGCCUCAUCCUGAGAGAGUUUGUAGAAAAGAGUCCAAUUCAUGGUAUCCAAAAGAACAAGCCGAAGAAUGGGGUCCAUACGGUCCUUGGAUCAGAUUGUUCAGAAACGCCAGAAAAUGGGUUGGUGAUCAGUAUUAAUGUUUAGAUGAUAAUGUAUAAGUAAGAUUUUUGCAACAA